GACCCGCGUGCCCCUCCGGAUCGCGUUGCUGUGUUCAAGAUAUUAACACCCGUUGUCUCGAGGGAAACGCUACUUGUUAUUUUUUGGGACCUCCAGUCGGCGGCACCGGCACCGUUAUACGCAAAAUGUCUUAUUACGACAUCGACGCAAUUCUUACCGAUGCAGAGAAAAUCCCGUGCACUUUCCAAGUCGAUAUCCCCGAUCUGGGCUAUCUCGAUAAUACCCCCACGCAGCCGCUCAAGGCGGGCACCAAAGUCAACCUACCACUCUGGCUGGCCGAAAUGCUCGCCAUCGCCAACACGGGGGACGUUGACGGCAAGUCAUUCGUUGCUUUCGACCUGCCGCGCGCAAUGGGAAACGAUGUCGUUCAGGCGCUCAAGGCGGAUCCUCGCGCCGUGCCUUUGCGCGACCAAAGCGCACACUUUUACGGACUCGCGACACACAUGAUGGAGCUGUCUGAGGAGCAAGAAUUGGCCGCCUCCCUCCGCAAGACCUUUGUUACACGGGCGUCCGAGGUCGCCUUGCACGCCCGUAAGGUUGGAGGCGUCGGGCAAAAGGGGAAAACCGAUGAGGGGAGCAAUCUCGGUGUUGGCGGCGCCGGCGAGGAGUUCCUCCGCGGGCUGGACGAGUGGGAGAGACAAUUGUUCCGCAAGGCACAUGACGGCGCGAAAUCCGGGAAAGAAUGGAUGGACGGUGUCAGGAAACACUAAGUUGUGUCGACACUAUUGUGCAGCUCGCCCACGGUCUCAACGCUCUGGGACUGGGGGAGAGAGGCGCGACUAUCCGCGCUCGUAAUCUUGCUCGACC